AAAACUCCAAAAACACCAAGAAGAAGAAAUAUAGCAAGAAUUGAGAUUAAUAAAUAUAGACGAACAGUUGAUUUUCUUAUACCCAAGCUCCCAUUUUCUAGAUUGGUUAAAGAAAUUUUACAUACAUUUAAAGAUACAUUUAGAAUAACGGCAGAAUCAUUAUUAGCACUUCAUACAAUGUCAGAAACUUACUUGGCCAAUCUUUUUGAAGAUUCAAAUAUUUGUGCGACACAUACCAGAAGGGUUACAAUUAAUGUUAGAGAUAUCAGAUUAGUUAAUAGACUCAGAAAUGAAGAUCAAAUGAGUUUUACCUCAUUUAGAUAG